CGAGAGGGAAGGGGAGCAGCGCGGAGCAGGAAAGACCGGGGAGCGGGGGACAGCAUGAAAGAAAACUAGAGCUCAGCAGGAUCCGCGCCGGGCGAAGAUCCUAAUCUUCCCUUUCCAGCGGCGGGGAGUGUGUUCGGCCGUCGGAGGAGCCGCCGGCCCCGGCGGGGAGCUGUGCCCACCCCGGGACAUGUCCCUGCUGCCGGACCCAGGGAGGGGACCGAGGGGACCGUCCCGGGAUCCCCCGGCGCUGCUGAGGGCAUGAUGGAAACCCCCUGAGCAACCUGCCAGAACGUACGUGCUGCAAAGGUGAGGUUCUUCGGCCGCCGCAUGAGUACGUCCUCGCCGGGCGAUGGCCUCGCAGCCCGCGCCGGCCUGGGUGCUGCUGCUCUGCCUGCUGGCCACCCGCCCGCCGGCCACCCAGCCCCGCGACUUCACCGUCAAGGACAUCGUCUACCUCCACCCUUCCACCACACCGUAUCCUCACGGAUUUAAAUGCUUCACCUGCGAAAAGGCAGCAGAUAAUUAUGAAUGCAACCGAUGGGCUCCGGAUGUCUAUUGUCCAAGAGGUACGAGAUACUGCUUUAGCCAACACAUGAUGAAAGUUACGGGCGAGAGCGUGUCCGUCACCAAACGCUGUGUGCCAUUAGAGGAUUGUCUGUCUACGGGAUGCACAUAUGUAAAGCAUGAAGAAUACAAGAUCUGCACCUCCUGCUGCGAAGGAAGCAUCUGCAACUUGCCGCUGCCGAGGAACGCGACGGACGCCGUGUUCACCACCCUCUCCCCCCUCAACAAGACGCAGCGGCUCCCGCAUCCCGCCCUGCUGACGACGGCCUGUCUCUGGCUGGGGCUGGUGUCCCAGCACUGGGUGACGCUGCCACGCGCGGCGGGCCCGGACAGCUGAGGUGGCCGAGGACAUCUGCACCCACGUCCAGCCUCUCCCCGCCGAGCCUGCGCUUCGGAGUUCUUUGUAAGGCUGGUUUUCCUCCUGAUUUUUUUGUUAGCGAUGAACUAGCGAGCCUGGGAUGUUGACGUAUUUGAAGGGGGUAAAACCAUCGUGUGGUUUCUCCACUUUGUUCUGAAGAAACUCAUGCAAAACAUUCCCAGAAUCCACGGCUGAGACCGAUACAUAGACUUUUCUUAACGCCUGUCUUUUCUCCAUGAAGAAAUGUUAUUUAAAAGUACUAUAUCACUGCCAGCUGCUAUUAUCACCACUUAUGCAUUUGAAACUUUCUUGUUAUAAUUCGUCACAGCACUAACGCCAGUGUCUCCUUAACCUGUUUUGAGACCAUAAGGUAAAUAAUAUAGAGGCAGUAGGUCUUUGCAGUCUCCCCACAUGUCCUCCUCCCGGAGAGGGCAGGAGUUUGUAGCAGGGCAGCAGAAGCUGGAAGGGAUGAGGACAAAGGAGCAGCUGGGACCAGGCCAGCAUCGCGCCCAGAUGCUUCCUCUGAGGUUCCACCAGCAGCACGAAGAGCCACCCCCACACCACCACCCACUGCGAUGGGCAGAAAACCACUUUGGUAUAGAAACCAAACAGGAAAAACUCUAAAAACUCUGGUCCUGAAGCGCAACUAGAGGGGAGGCGGGUGCGUGGUCCCUGACCCUCCCAAGAGGAGAACCAGUGGGUGUCCCGGUUGGGAUGCUGGUGGCUCCCAAGCCAACAGGUUCCUGGUGUUUUGGGGCUUUACAUAUUUCCACAUUUUGGCACCCACCAUCCUACGGCACGAGAGAGAGUCGAUCCUGAACAGCUUCUUUUAUUUAAUGCGCUCCCACGACGGAGGAUGGACUGUUGCUCGCUACAGCUGCAUUUUGGUGACCUGCGUUGCUUGUUUUGCUGGGAAAUCAUGUAUGCAAUAUUUAUUUUUGUACGUUGAGUAGGCUCUAAAGCGUUUAAAACAUUCUUAAAACUGAUAUUGAUAGGCAAAAUGGUUGUUUUGCAAGUGGGUAAGCCUGUAAUAUAUAAAUUAUCUCAUAUAUAUAUAUAUAUAUAAUGGUUUGCAUCACUAUUGAAAAAGCAUCAGCUUUGUUUUGCAAGGUCAGUAAUAAAGCAGGGUGUCCAUGGACGGACUUGUUUUAAAGUUAAACCAAACUUUUUUAUAAUUUUUGUUUGGUUUUUUAAAAAAAAACAACAAACCACUGUAGUCGUAAAUGGUUCUUUUAUGAGUUAACUUUUGGCUAGUCACGCUCCAAGGUAACUUGUGCCUUAUCAAGCUGCUCAGUGCUGUUUUGGCGAGUUACACAGUGAAAGGCAGGUGAAGGUGGCCCAGGCUGGAACCCAAAUGCUUUGCAAACCCCUUCAGUGCUCUGUGAGGGUCCCAGCAAGCCCCCGUUUGGCACCAUCUGUGUUGGAUAACAUUAAGAGCUGGGAAACUGCUGCUCUGAGCACGCAAGGUCCUGAGUUCUGUGUCCUUUGGAGUGAACUCCGGCCAGUUUUACUGGAGGCAAAGGAUGAGGAGGACCUAAAGCACCGCUCGCUCACGAUUUAGUCUCAGGUAACGUCUGUGGGGGAGGAAAGCCCGCUGGAAGCCUCGCUGUGCUUCACUGGGUGAUGUUUUCUAAAAUGUAUAUAAUACUUCAUUGUGAAAACUGAACUUCAAACACUGUUUCUUUCCUUUUUUUUUUUUUUAAACUUUUUAUACGAAACUAGCAUUUUUGAGGACAGACUAGCUGACCUCCCUCACAAACCUUGCGUUUUUGGUGUCCUUUCAGCUCGCCUGUGACUUGCUCGCAGAAGGCUGGUAUUAAGAGGGUAGUUGCAAUCUGUUAUUUUCUGCACGCCAGACCUCUCGCUGGAGACCCUGAAAAAAUGAACCCUGGCGUCUUUCUAAAGCCCAUUCCCUCCUCUGCCUCUCACGGCAGCAGAGCUGUGCCAGGUACUCACCCUGUAUGGGCUGCGGGACGAUGAGGUGGAGGGUUAUGGCUUCUCCAGCAGCAAUUUAAGUAUUUAUUAUUACUAUUAUCCUGUGAAAUGGAAGAAUUUAAGUCUGGAGGGACCUCGCUCAGCGGUUCAGCUUCUCUCCUGGGCUGGGGGUUAAACAGGUUUUCUGCGAUGGCCGAGCAUUUCGUCAACGCUGUGGUGUAGAAGCAGGCCCAGAUUCAGGACACACGCUUGGAGAACCUGUGUUGGAAGCUUGGGAAGUCUGGGAUUACUGAGGAACAUCUUGUUUAUCUGUUCAAUCGAGGUGGGCUCGAGGUUUGGGCCAUCCUGCACGUGGCCAGAGGUAGGACCUCGUGGGGAGCUCCUCACCAUCUCCGGGCUCACACGCUGGUGGUGGCAGCUCAGCUGGAGGUUUUAAGGAUUUAUGUUUUUACUUUGGGCCAUGCUGUUAAACACCUGUAUUUAGGAGUCAAUCAAUAAGACACCUAACCAGCAGCAAGGAGCAGAAGUUACCUCCUGACACGAGCUGGCUGCCUUGGUUAAUGGCUCACCGUCAGGUUUCUGCCUGUGUCUUCUGGCUUCUCUGUAUGUCAUCGCCCUCUAUUUCCCAUUUAUUUUCCAGUUUCGUUGUUAUUUAACAAGGCUAACCGGUGGUGUGUACCUCUGAGCUAGAUAUGUAUAAUCACAUGGGCUGAGCUGCAGGAAUGGCCGGAUUUCCUCAGAAAAUAUUGGACUUUCAGGACCGCUCCCACCCCAUGCAAGGUGUGGUACCCGCAGUGAGAGGACACGGGCUCCAGUGCUACCUGGCCCAUCGUGUGCACUAACAGGCAGGACCUUCAUCCUGUGUUUAGGUGGACCUCAGACAGACCAGAGACCUUUCUGGGUACCUGGUAGCGUGCUCUACCCACAAAGACCGGGAUGCCACUGAGCAAGUUUAGUUACCGAUGUUGCAUUACGCCAAGCCGGUUACUUCUACUCCCUUUGUAGUUGGUGGAGGAAAACGUGGUGUUUCAGGGGCUGAUUCAUUGUAUGCUGAGGUGGAUGGUUAAAUUAUGUCUUCUCAGGCACACAAUGGACAUGCCUAUAAAACACAGCUUGGCUGUGAGUACUACACCCCACCUGGGCUGUCUGUUUGCCAGCCACGUGGCUCUGCUGAGACCGGUGCUUUGGGAAAAUACCUGAGCGGGAGCCACUCCUGAGCCCAUCACCAGCUUCGCUCUGACCGUGAUGCUGCUGCAGAUGCUGAAAGUCCUGGUUCCUGUGCUGUGCCGGCCCCGCUCCCCUGCCACUGUGCCGCAGUUGUGCCCUUCAAAAGGGACCUGAGCCCUGUCCAACCGAGCUGCUACCUCCGGUACCAGGAUUAUGGACAUUGAGCUCAAAAGAGCAAAUGAAGGUGCCUGAGGGCAAGAGGGGAGCGGGCACAGCAUCCCCCCGUGCCAGCAGGUCACUGUGCCCAGGCUGCCUGCAGAGCUGCUGGGGGCUUUUUAAAAGCACAUAAAUGCUGAGCUGCACCGUAUUUAUAUAUGCAAUAUUCCUUUUAAAUCUCUAAUUUUUUUAACUAUUGUAA